AUCCGGAGCAAAUAACAAUGAUUCCAAAAUCUUUAAUUAUAAGUUUGCUUGGUGUGGGUUGGAUGCUGGCGACUGCUGUGAAUUCACAAUCAACUUUAAACCAAACUUGUUUAGAUGAAUUAAAAGAUGAAUCUAAUUCACAAAUCCACGAAGCCAACCCUAUCCUAGAAUCUCAUACCUUGAUAUCAGGCAACAUAUUUUUGGAUGACCGCGGUAACAUCUCACUCAGAACUGUCUGGAGUAACGGGAACCAUGAGACACAGAAAAUCUACAAACUAGAGAAAAGUAAACCAGUGGAAGUCCAGAUUGAACAGUAUUCUCCGAAAGAAAUCAGAGAGGAUGGGGUAUUCGUGCAGGAGAAGGAAGGGGAGCUGGUGAUAUAUCUUUACAACUCAACUGUAAACUGUUCCUACAUCGUUAAUACAAGUUCACAUUUUACAGAAGUUCUUCAAGAUGAUAUUUUUGCAACCUUCUCUUUAGGCCCAGCAAAGGAUAGGUUGCUGGUGGCUGGUGAGGGUAUUAAGAAUGAAUCCUCUGUUUGGACUAAGUAUGAAGGGGAGGUGGAUAGGGCUGGAAAUCCUAAAAUAUUUGUGAUUAAUCUUAAUAACCAACAGAUUGAUCAUGUUGAAGUUCCAAUGGAUCAUAUUUGUUUAUAUUGA